AAUGCUGUGAUCUGCGGCGGAGCCGGUGGGUGACUGAGACGUACAGGGAGGGCGAGUGGGGCCUAAGGGAGACUGACACCGGACACAGCGCGGUCAGGAGUAGGAGAGACACACACUCACGGAGAAUGGAGCACUUACUCUGCAGGACCUGAAGGGGAUGACUUACUCAUCGCAGAGGCUGCCCUCACUGCGGAGGCUGACGGGGUGCACUUACUGCACAGUCUGGGGGAAGGGUGCACUCACUGCAGUGCAGACAUUAGGGUGCAGACACCACAGAUCCUGAGUGUGAGUGCACACUCACUGCUGUAUACUGACACUUACUUAGAGCCACAGACUGACUCAGUGUGGGAUUGUUAACCCAUUGUAGGUUGAGGGGUGUCCUUGCAGGAGGUGGGUUUCUCAGGCAGCUGCAACCGCCAUUGCAGUGAGCUGAGUGUUCUCUCUGGCCCUCACUCUCUGAGUGAAGUUGGUACCACAGCUGCACAGGGAUGAGAUGAGCAGGACCAUGUCCCAUAUGCACAGAUAUCUGGGCUGGAGUAGGUCUAGUGUGAGUGCUGGCAGGACAGUUAUGUGCUGAUUCACCUUCACUCUUUGAGUGGCAUCUGCUCAUCUGGGAAGACAGCAUUCAGAGACAGGAUAGAAUACACAACAAAAGCCCUCCAUCACUUCCACAGCAGCCUCCUCCCUCAGGGAGGUGAAGGUUUCAGCCAUGGAGAGGAGGGAGGAGCAGCAGAGCCUGGAAUUCACAAUGGACAAUGUGGAAAAGGCUCUUCAUCAGUUGUACUAUGAUCCGAAUAUUGAGAACAAGAACUUGGCACAGAAGUGGUUAAUGCAGGCGCAGGUGUCUCCCCAGGCUUGGCAGUUUAGCUGGCAGCUCCUAAACAGCGGAAAAGUACCUGAAAUCCAGUACUUUGGGGCCAGCGCUCUUCACAUCAAGAUCUCGCGCUACUGGGGAGACAUUCCCACCGAACAGUACGAAAGUCUCAAAACUCAGCUGUUUUCUCAGAUCUCUGCCUUCGCCGGCGGCUCGAAGAUCGUACUCACCCGGCUGUGCGUGGCCCUGGCUUCCUUGGCGCUCAAUAUGAUGCCGGACACCUGGCCGCACGCGGUCCCUGACAUGGUUCAGGUGUUCCAGGCGGAGGACGGGCAGGCCGACUGCGGGGCCAGAUGCCUUGCCCUGUUGGAGCUGCUGACCGUAUUGCCCGAGGAAUUCCAGACCAGCCGGCUGCCUCCUUACCGCAAGGGGCAAGUGCGGGGCUGCCUGGCGCAGGAGUGUGCCUGCGUCUUUCCGCUGUUACGGCAGCUGCUGCAGCAGAGCGACUCCCCGGGAUUUGUCAAGCAGAAGGUGUUAAAAUGUUUCUCUAGCUGGGCGCAGCUGGGGAUCCCUCUGCCAGAAUGCGAGGGGCUGACUCUGGCUGCUUUCUCUGCCCUGCGGGAUCCCGAACUCUUUGAUUCAGCGGUGGAAGCCUUGGUGAACACAAUCUCCCAGCCCGAUGCACAGAGGUACGUGAACACGUUAUUAAAGCUGAUUCCUCAUGCGCUGAGCCUGCAGGACCAACUGCAUCAAGCCGUGCAGAAUGGAGACAUGGAAACGUCACACGGGAUAUGCCGGAUCAUUGUUGCCUUGGGGGAGAAUCAUUCUCGGGCCCUCUUGGAUCAAGUGGAUCACUGGCAGAGCUUUCUGGCUCUGGUUAACAUGGUUAUGUUUUGCACUGGGAUCCCGGGACAUUAUCCAGUGAAUGAGACCACCAGCUCGCUCACCUUGACGUUCUGGUAUACGUUGCAGGAUGAUAUCCUCUCAUUUGAAGCAGAGAAGCAGGCGGUGUACUUGCAGGUAUAUCGGCCGGUGUAUUUCCAGCUUGUUGACGUACUUCUACAGAAAGCUCAGUUUCCAGCUGAUGAGGAGUAUGCUUCUUGGUCCUCGGAUGAAAAGGAGCAGUUUCGCAUUUACAGGGUGGAUAUAUCAGACACUUUGAUGUAUGUGUAUGAAAUGUUGGGUGCAGAGUUGCUCAGUAACUUGUAUGAUAAACUCGGACGGCUUCUCACCUCGUCGGAGCAGCCAGCAUCAUGGCAGCACACAGAAGCUUUACUGUACGGCUUCCAGUCCAUCGCGGAGACUAUAGAUGUUAAUUAUUCAGAUGUGGUACCCGGGCUCAUUGGUCUUAUCCCUCGAAUCAACAUCAACAACGUGCAACUUGCAGACACGGUCAUGUUCACUAUUGGUGCCCUCGCGGAGUGGUUGGCCGAUCACCCGGUGAUGAUCAGCAAAGUCUUGCCUUUAGUCCUCCAUGCUUUGGGAAACCCAGAACUCUCUGUUUCCAGUGUGUCUACCCUGAAAAAGAUUUGUCGAGAAUGCAAAUAUGAUCUAACCCAGUACGCUGCCAACAUCGUGGCGGUCUCUCAGGAUGUAUUAUUGAAGCAAAUCCACAAGACCAGUCAGUGUAUGUGGCUGAUGCAAGCCCUGGGAUUCCUGCUUUCCGCCCUGCAAGUAGAGGAGAUCCUUAGUAACUUGCAUUCAUUGAUCACCCCGUACAUACAACAGCUGGAGAAGCUGGCCGAUGAAACUCCGAAUCCAUCCAACAAACUGGCCAUUAUCCACAUCCUUGGGCUUCUCUCCAACCUUUUCACUACACUGGAUAUAAGUCACCAUGAUGAUGAUCAUGAGGCCACAGAGGUGAAGAAACUGCCAGUCGUGCAGGGACCAAACCCAGUUGUGGUCGUACUGCAACACGUUUUCCAGCUCAUCAGAAAGGUUUUAAGUACCUGGCUGAAUGAUGCACAGGUUGUGGAGGCAGUGUGCGCCAUCUUUGAGAAGUCGGUGAAGACUCUGUUGGAUGACUUUGCUCCCAUGGUCCCCCAGCUGUGUGAAAUGUUGGGGCAGAUGUACAGCACGAUACCGCAAGCUUCGGCCAUCGAUCUCACGCGCCAGAUGGUUCAUAUUUUCACCAACGAGCCGGCUCACUUCCCUCCAAUCAAGUCCCUCUUCCUGCUGGUCACGUCGCUGACCCUCAACCUGUUCCAGCAAGGACCCAGGGACCAUCCUGAUAUUGUUGAUUCAUUUAUGCAACUCCUGGCACAGGCCCUGAAACGCAAGCCCUGUCUCUUCUUAUCCAACGAGCUGGAUGUCAAGGCUGUCUUUCACUGCGCCGUCAUCUCUCUGAAGUUUCCGGAAGCACCCACUGUUAAAUCCAGCUGCAACUUCUUUACUGAAUUUUUGCCGCGGUGCAGUGAACUCGCUCCUGUGGGACAAGUGAUCCACAACGAUGGGAAGAUUCUGCUUCAAGCCACACUAGAGGGGAUCGGCGGACAGGCGUCGCGCAACGUCAUGGACCACUUUGCGGAUAUCAUUUUCUGCAUCAACAAGAACUGUUUUUCGUAUCUCGUGGUGUGGAUGAAAGAAGUGAUGCAGCAGGACGGCUUCCCCUCGCCUCGGCUCACACGGGAGCAGAAGGACAACUUCAGCCAGCAGAUCCUGAGGGAGCGUGUGAAUAAGCGACGGAUCAGAGACAUUGUGAAGGAGUUUACCCUGCUGUGCCGUGGGCUGCAUGGAACAGAGUACACUGCCGACUAUUGAUCAUCUCCAAUGGCGGAAGUCCCCCCCCCCCAAAACUGGCAAACACAUCUGCGAUGGCUGCUCUGUCACCAAGUGAUCAAGCACAGUGUGUUUUUCUUGUUUGCAAUAGCUACCAACACCCUUGUUCUAUUUAACCCCUUGUGCUGCUGGUAUGCCUGUAGCUGUUGGAAACCCAGGAACAGUUUAAGAUCCAAGCAAAAGACCACUCAGUUCAGGUGAUCGGGCCGAGUGCCCAAGCCCACCUCCUACGGACACCAUAAAUGAGUGAAACCAAUAGGGGUUGCCGUGGGAUGAUAUGGGGUUAAUGGAACGCUCCCUAUUGGACAUGUACAAAGCCCCAGUCCAUGAUGGCGCCAUUUAAGCUCCUGUGUGUCUGCUGCUUCCCUUCAGAUUAUAUUAUUAUCAAAGAGCAUGAAUGCAGGUUUUAAUCGGUCUCGUCCAUUUCCGCUGGAUGAAUUAGGACUUUAUAGACUUGGGGUCCUACAAGAUUGGUAUAUAUAUAUAUAUAUAAAUACGUUUGUGAUGUUUGAACCCGGGGAUGUCUGCUUGGAAAUGUCAGUAAAGAAUAUAUUUAAAGUACUUAUUGACUGCUGAAGCAUGCCAACCUACCACUAUUAAAGCAGCCAUUCCUUUCUCCUUGCACAAAA